AUGAGCCAGUCUAAUGACAGCACUUUGGUAGGUGGAACACGUUCUCAAAAUUUAUCUUUACCUAUUGAAUUAUCAGCGGAAAAGAUACAAGAUUUUCAAGCUGCUUUUAGUAUUAUGGAUACACAAUCGAAAGGUUUUGUAGGAGCUGAAGAUAUCAUUCAAGUAGCAGAAGCGGCAGAUAUGACAUUAGCAGUGAAUGAAGCACAACUACUACUUGGUUCAGCUGAUGAAGAUCAUUCAGGUGGCAUUGAUAUGAGAGAAUUUAUUUCAAUAAUGACGACGCCUAUUAAUACAGAAGAUCUAGAAGAUGAACUUCGUGCGACAUUUCGCGUAUUUGACAAAGAUGGAAAUGGAACGAUUAAUGCUAAUGAACUUAAACGAUUUGUUCGAUUAUGGGAUAGUGAAUUAACAGAAGACGAAGCUGAUGAUAUGAUCGUUCAAGCUGAUCCAAACAAGACAGGUUCAAUUACUUAUGAUGCUUUCAUACAAUUUCUUCUUCAUACAUAA